GGGUAAAUAAAUUAGAUCUGUCAGACUAACGUAAUGUGCGUCAGUAAUGACAGUAUAUAGUUUUGUCGUAACUUUUUUGUGUAUGAAAAUAAUCACUGCAAGUAUUUGCGGUACCGAAUAUGUUUUCGGACCAGAAGGUGAGAUAAAAUUCGGCACUGUAGACUUAUUCAGGAAAAAUUGUACUUGGAUUAUCUCUCCCCCAAAUGAUUCCGUUACAACCAUUAGAAUUCUGGACUUGAAUCUCGAAGAUUGCUGGUCGUUUAAUCGCUGUUGUUUUAAAAUUACUGAUAAUGAAAACGUUCUGUUUGAUUUGUGCAACGAUAAGAUAAAUCACCCGGUGGUUUUAAAUUCAAACAAACAAAAUAUAACCGUUGUAGUAGAAGCCGUAAAUAUUUAUUUAAGAAUUUGGAUACGAUUUCUUAGCCGCAGUAGUGACAAAUGCACCAAUUUUGAUUAUCAAUGUUUAGAUAACAGUGGGUGCUACAAUUCAACUCAAUUGUGCAGCGAUAAUGGAUUUAUUUGCAACGAUCGCUCCGAUUUACAAGGUUGCAGUCCAUGCAAUUCUACAGCAGCUAUUUGCAAUAGAUUUUCGAAUCAAUGCUACGACAUACUAAAACGAUGUGACGGUAUUUUGGACUGCAAUUCAGGCGAAGAUGAACUGAAUUGUAGCAGUUUAUGUCCUCAUGAAAUUAAGUGUCCCCUAGAAAAUAAGUGCUUCAGUUUAUCACAAAUAUGCGAUUUUAUUUACGAUUGUUCUGACGGUUUUGAUGAAAGAGAUUGCUUACAGCAAAAUCAUGGUCUGAGAAAUUUCGCUAUCACGAUUAUGUUCCUGUUAUGUUCUGUUGGAUGUAUGAUCUUCCUUUGCUUCUUAUUUCGUUGGAUAAUUCAGAAGAGGGAAAACACCAGGUUUUUACACAACAUUCCCGAAUUUCCUUUACAACCCUUCGAAGGGCCAGGUGACUCAAAUGAAGAAUACGAACAAAACGAUUUAUUGGACACCGAAUUCGUACAGGGUGGUGAAAUUUUCGAACAUUACAUGGUUGCAGUCAGAAGAAAAGACAGUUGUUGUCCACGAUCCUCUCAAGCGGGAACUGGCAUUAUUCCUAAAUAUUCACAUCUAGAUCUUGACGGUGAUAACGAACUUGUAGUAUUAGCUUCCUUAAAUGUUCCAACAGACAUGUGUGUUGGUUUGAAUGUACCGGAAACGUCGAAAGAAAAACUGGAAACAAUAAAAUCCAUUUCGGAACGCGCUUCCUCCAUUUCAUCUGCCAAUGUACGUUCUAAAAGAAAUUCAAAAUGCGCCAAUGUUUCGCACAUUUUCGGACCAUCUUCAUCGAUGCCGAGCACGAGCUUAGCGGACACUUAUCAUCAGAUCGAUACGAGAAAUGUUAAAACUAGAAGGCGUAGAAGGUCAAAAUCUUCUAGUUUCAGCGAAGCCAGUGUAGAACCGGAACCUACAAAAUUUGUCACUACCGCCUUUAUCGAAAAGAGUAAAGAACAGAUGCCUAACAUUCAGGUUCCGGUGACGAGACACGCGUGGCGUUCUCCACCUAAGCAAUUCGAAAGCUUCGACGAAUUACGAGAAAUUAAAGUGAAAGAACCAGCACAGGCACCUGCACAAGCACCAUCACAAGCACAAGCACCAGCAUCAGUGCCAGUACCGAUUGAAAGUGCACAAUGGCUCGAUAUCGAUGACGAUUCACGUUAUAAAACGAUAACCAGAAGACCUUUGCAUCGAAACCCUUUUUCACCACGUAGUCCAAGAACUUCUGCAAGUGCUUCAAAACGGAGGAUUGGUUAUUUAUGUAAUAAUAAAUUGAAGAGAAGUAAUAAUUGGGUGUAAAUAUUUUAUAAGAAAUUAAUUGUAGAGGGUCGUUUCAAUUGUGUAGAAUUUAUUUGCCCAUAUAACUAAAUUUUUGUUAAACGAUUAUUUUAUUUUUUUUACAAAAACUGAAAUAAAUCAA